GGGUCUUAAUAAAGAGUUUAUAUAAGUACAUAACAAAAUUAAAAGAUUUUUAGACAAUAAUGAAGGUAAGAAAAGAGGGGGAACUUUUGGCAACCCCCUCUUCCUCUCUCCUCUCUCUCUCUCUCCUGACCAAAAGUCUCUUUGACCAUUGCCCACCACCUCCAUCUCCUUCUUCCCUUCUUCCUCCUAUCUGCUUUAAUCUUUCCUCUUGUAAUAAAUAAUACUCCAUGUCUCAUCAUUUCAGAUUAUAUUCCCUCCAAUAUAUAUUCCUCCCCUUUUGUUCAAUUUAUCCACCAUGUCCAUGUGUGUGUACGGCUGAUCAUCGCUGCUGAUUUUCCGUCUUCGAAUAUUCAGAAUCCCUUGAUUUUUUAUAGAGAGAGAGGGAGGGAGGGGGAGAGAGAGAGAGAAAGUUGGAAUCAUUGGGGUUUUUGUUUUGCUUUUGAGAAAUGGGUAGCUGUUUUUCAACCACAAAAGUUAGUGGUUCCAAUAGCAACACCCCUUCAACCACCACCACCACCACCACCGCCACUGCGGUCAACAACCGCCGCUCCUCCUCCGCCGCCGCAGCCAAGCCAGCCUCCGCAACCGCAAACGCUCCGGCAGCUGGGCCGAGGAAGCAGGAGAGCUCUCACAAUAAUCAUCAUCAGAAAGCAAGAGAGAAUCACAAGAGUCAGCAGCAAAAGCCAUCUCAGAAUCUCAAGAAUUCUUCCAAGAGGCCAAGUGGGGCGAUUCCAUGUGGUAAAAGAACAGAUUUUGGAUAUGAUAAGGAUUUUGAGAAGCGGUAUACGAUCGGGAAAUUGUUGGGACACGGCCAAUUUGGUUAUACAUAUGUUGCGAUUGAUAAGUCCAAUGGAGAUCGUGUUGCUGUCAAGAAAAUAGAUAAGAGCAAGAUGGUUCUUCCGAUUGCUGUCGAAGAUGUCAAGCGGGAGGUCAAGAUAUUGAGGGCUUUAACUGGCCAUGAGAACGUGGUUCACUUCUAUAAUGCUUUUGAAGAUGAUUCUUAUGUAUACAUAGUGAUGGAGUUAUGUGAGGGCGGAGAACUGCUAGACCGUAUCUUAUCGAAAAAGGAUAGCCGUUACACAGAGAAAGAUGCAGCAAUUGUUGUAAGGCAGAUGCUUAAAGUUGCAGCUGAGUGCCAUUUACAUGGUUUUGUACACCGUGAUAUGAAGCCGGAGAAUUUUUUAUUUAAGUCUCCAAAAGAGGACUCACAUCUGAAGGCCACAGAUUUUGGUCUCUCGGACUUCAUUAGACCAGGAAAGAAAUUCCAAGACAUUGUUGGCAGUGCAUAUUAUGUUGCUCCAGAGGUAUUGAAACGUAAAUCCGGUCCCGAAUCAGAUGUAUGGAGCAUUGGUGUGAUUACUUACAUCUUGCUCUGUGGACGGCGGCCUUUCUGGGACAAAACUGAGGAUGGCAUAUUUAAGGAGGUUUUGAGGAACAAGCCUGACUUUCGGCGUAAACCAUGGCCCGGGAUUAGCAAUGCUGCAAAAGAUUUUGUGAAGAAGUUGCUAGUAAAAAAUCCUCAAGCACGACUUACUGCAGCCCAGGCUUUGUCACAUCCAUGGGUUCGAGAAGGAGGCGAAGCUUCAGAGAUUCCUUUAGACAUCUCUGUUCUAUCUAACAUGCGGCAAUUUGUAAAAUACAGUCGAUUUAAGCAGUUUGCUCUUCGGGCAUUGGCUAGCACACUGGACGAAGAGGAGAUAUCUGAUCUUCGAGAUCAGUUUGAUGCGAUUGAUGUGGAUAAAAAUGGUGUCAUCAGUCUCGAGGAAAUGAGACAGGCCAUGGAGAAGGAUCUUCCUUGGAGAAUGAAGGACUCGCGAGUUCUUGAAAUCCUUCAAGCGAUUGAUAGCAACACCGAUGGACUUGUAGAUUUCUCAGAGUUCGUUGCAGCCACCCUACAUGUCCACCAGCUGGAGGAGCACGACACGGAGAAAUGGCAUCACAGGUCGCAGGCGGCUUUCGAAAAAUUCGACGUUGAUAGAGAUGGAUACAUAACUCCAGAAGAACUCAAAAUGCACACGUGUCUAAGGGGUUCCCUCGACCCGCUGCUAGAAGAAGCAGACAUCGACAAGGACGGGAAGAUCAGCUUGUCUGAGUUCCGCAGACUUCUAAGAACUGCUAGCCUGAGCUCUCGGGGGGUGGCAAGCCCGUCUGCGGCCCGAGCUGCUGCGCUCAAGAUGUAGUGGGUCGGCCCGAUGGAGUGCCCAGUGAGUAGUGAUUAAAAAGAGAGGUAUGUAAUGGCUUCUCCAUUCUGCAGCAUGUUUCAUUGGAAGACUGCUCGUUUUUUGUUGUCUUCGUCAUCGUGGUCUUCCCUUGCCGAGUUGUGGUAGUAAGAGCAGCCCUCCACAUUAUUUUGGCAACAAUGUGGAGGGUUGAUGUGUCUGUAAAUGAUGUGGUGCUGCCGCUGCUGCUGUUGUUGUCUGCUUUUUUGUAAGAUGUAUGUAUGUAUGAUGGUCGUCAAUGAAAAUCUGUUGUCGUCUGCUUUGGUUUUUUCCCUUUUCUGGGAAAACAAGGAUCCCUGAUUCUAGCUUGGGAUAAUAAUGUCUAUAAUCUGUAGAGCUAUAAAUAGUUGAUAUGAUAUGAUAGCACGAGACCAACAUAUUUGAAAAA